GGGUAGGAGAGUGUGUUAGUUUAGCUGCUCGUGAGAUCAUUUCCUGCCCGGAUCCGAUCACAAGUACUAUCUGGAGAAGAAGCAACAGGGUGCACCUUUUUCCCCUGGAGAAUAAACAUGUCUUCAAACUCCAACCUGAGCACUAUGCAGAGACUGGUGGAGCAGCUGAAGCUGGAGGCGAGCGUGGAGAGGAUCAAGGUUUCUCAGGCAGCAGCAGAGCUCCAGCAGUAUUGCAUGCAGAAUGCCUGUAAAGAUGCUCUGCUGGUUGGAAUGCCAGCUGGAAGUAAUCCAUUCCGUGAGCCCCGAUCUUGUGCACUUCUCUGAGGCUGAGGCAAUGAAUCACUGACUGAUGUAACCACCACUUGAGGAUCUGAAAUAUAUACAGCCUGCCUUUUCCUGUGCCAUUCCAAAUGUGGA